AUGCCGCUCAGCGAGCGACGCAUGAUACGAUUGAACACUUCUGUCGCCAAGCAUCACCACCGGCAUCUGGGAACACAGCUCCAACAGAUCACUAUUACAGUGUUACGUGACGCAAACCUCACCUACAUCAAGGACGGCUGCUUGCUAUCCCUGGAUUUGCAGGGAGUGCUCAUGUCGGACUUUUCAUUCAACGUCGCCUUCGCGUGGAUCACCAAGGCCACUGCCGCGGACAUGAUCGAGCAGGGACUCCAGUACGACAUCGAUCACGACAACAAUGUGCAGCUGACCUUUCCUCAAGGGACGAAGGCGGCCGCCCCGCGCGGGACAGUGGCGAGGGGCGGCGGGCAGCGUGUAGCGGCGGGGAGCAGCGGGCAGCGGCACCCAACGGGCACCAGCGAGAAGGGCCCCGCGGGCGGCGGCGAGCCGAGGGCGGCAGGUCCUCGGGUCACCUCGGGCGCCACGGCCGGGCGCGGCUCGCAGAAGAGGCCGGGGUGGAGCCGGGGAGGGGUGCUGCGGGGGCCGCUGUGCCCCGUGCCCCGCGUUAUCCCCCUCCGCCUCGCCCCGAGCGGCGUCGUCGGUCCAGAGGUCCUCGGGGCACCUCUGGAGGCCCACGCGCGGAGGACAGUGUGGGUGGAGAUCUCGGUGAACGACACCAUCGAGAUGCUGAAGAGGUACGUGUCGCGAAAGAUAGGAGUUCCAGUGCCCGAGAUGGUGCUCAUCUAUCAGGGGGAGGCGCUCAAGGACCACUCGAAGGUGAAGGAGUGCAAGCUGGAGGACGUCAUGCACAAGGCUGAGAAGAACGAAGAGAUCACCAAGGACGAGCGCACCAUACACCUGAUCGACCUGAAGGACACCCCCGCCGUGAUCAAGGAGCCGACCCCUGCGGCCGCGGCAGCCUAG